GGGUCCCUCCUGCUCUGCCCCCGCAUCCCCUCUGAGCCCGGAGGGUGCCCGGGGUUGGGAGAGCAGCUGCGGGUCCGGCCAGGAGCCACGGGACCGCACGGAAUAUCGGCUUUCCUCCCGUGUGUUUCAGGUGAAAGACGAGUUCUUGGAAAACCACGCCGAGCCCCAGGCUGUCCCAAUGCCAGCCCCCACCCUGCAGCCCGCCCAGCUCCGGGAGUAACCUUCACUGGGGACCUGCUGUCACUCGGAGUAAGAACUGUGCUCGCCUCGUGCUGCUGGGUGAGAAAUUCUUCUGGGGGAGGAGGACGGCAGUGACACUCGAAGCCUGCUGGAAUCGCUGGCUGUUCUGGCAGAAAGCCCGCAGGAGUCUUCAGACUGGAAUUCUGCAGAGGGACAGUGCCGCUGGAGGAAGCGGCAAAGCCCUGGUAGCAAGAAGAGCCUGAGUGGGAUCAUCUCCAAAAUCCAGUCCUUUCCUUCAGUGUUCCUUUAAGCUUCUGUGUCCUUCACUUUAUCUGUUUUUCCCUCCGGGAAAAAAACCCGGGAGAAGAUGCACUGAGGUGUCACAUCGAGGGAGGAACGCUCGGAUCCUUCCCUGGUGGCUGCUGCACCCCCAGCGCUGGAGAGGAGCGGAGCCAGAGGGAUUGCCUGCCGUUCCCAGCUGCUGCCGUGUCCCCUGCCCGCCCCGUGCUCGCUGUCCCCUCCCCGGGCGCUGCUGGAUGGGGCUCUCUGCCGCAGGAGCAGGCUCCGCGCUCCCGGGCGGGCGAGCAGGGCUGGCGCAGCUCGCUGCUCCAUGCUGCACAGGCCGUCUGGAUAAGCUGCUGCUGGCAGAAGAUCCCCUCUGGAGCAGCUGCUGGCUGUAGGCCCAGCGAGGCAAGGGUCAGCAGAGCCUGUCCUGCGGCAUGGCUUCCAAGCAGGAGCAGCAGGAGCCCCCCCAGGCCAGCGGGGCCGUGCCCGGGGACUGCGCGCCCGGCGCGGAGCGCGCCCAGCCCGCGGAGCUGCUGCGGCCCCAGGGCGGCGGCGCCGAGGUGCUGCUGCUGGAGUCCCGUGCCAACGCCAAGGGCGUCAGGGAGGAGGAUGCCCUGCUGGAAAACGGCAGCCAGAGCAACGAGAGCGACGACACCAGCACGGAGCGGGGCGCCGAGCCCGCCUCGCCCCUCAAGGAGACCUCCUUCUCCAUCGGGCUGCAGGUGCUGUUCCCCUUCCUGCUGGCCGGCUUCGGCACCGUGGCUGCCGGCAUGGUGCUGGACGUGGUGCAGCACUGGGACGUCUUCAAAUACGUGACUGAGGUUUUUAUCUUGGUUCCUGCUCUGCUGGGCCUGAAGGGGAACCUGGAGAUGACCCUGGCAUCCCGUCUGUCCACGGCUGCUAAUAUUGGCCAGAUGGACACACCCAAAGAGCUCUGGAAGAUGAUUACAGGGAACAUGGCUCUGAUACAGGUGCAGGCCACCGUGGUUGGCUUCCUGGCCUCGAUUGCAGCCGUGGCGUUCGGGUGGAUCCCCGACGGGCACUUCAGCCUGGAGCACGCGGUGCUGCUCUGCGCCAGCAGCGUGGCCACCGCCUUCAUCGCCUCCCUGGUGCUGGGCAUGAUCAUGAUUGGGGUGAUCAUUGGCUCCAGGAGGAUGGGCAUCAACCCUGACAACGUGGCCACGCCGAUCGCCGCCAGCCUGGGCGACCUCAUCACGCUGGCUCUGCUCUCAGGGAUCAGCUGGGGCUUGUACAAGGAGCUGGAGAGCAAAGCCUACGUGAACCCCUUGGUGUGUGCCUUCUUCAUCUCCCUGCUGCCCCUCUGGAUCGUGGUGGCCAAGAGGAGCUCGGCCACCAGGGAGGUGCUGUACUCGGGCUGGGAGCCCGUCAUCAUCGCCAUGGCCAUCAGCAGCGUUGGGGGGCUGAUUUUGGACAGGACGGUGUCGGAUCCCAACUUUGCUGGCAUGGCAGUUUUCACGCCCGUCAUCAACGGUGUGGGUGGCAACCUGGUGGCAGUGCAGGCCAGCCGCAUCUCCACCUACCUGCACAUGAGUGGGGAGCCAGGUGACAGCCCCGGCGCGGCCCCCAGGAGGUGCCCCAGCCCCUGCAGCACCUUCUUCAGCCCAGACGUGAACUCCCGCUCUGCCCGCGUGCUCUUCCUGCUGGUGGUGCCCGGGCACUUGGUUUUCCUCUACACCAUCAGCUCCAUGCAGGGGGGCCACACCACGCUCACCCUCAUCUUCAUCGUGUUCUACAUGACAGCGGCACUGCUCCAGGUGCUGAUCCUGCUCUACAUCGCUGACUGGAUGGUGCACUGGAUGUGGGGCAGGCACCUGGACCCUGACAACUUCUCCAUCCCCUACCUGACGGCGCUGGGGGACCUGAUUGGCACGGGGCUGCUGGCCCUCAGCUUCCACGUGCUCUGGCUCAUCGGCGACCGGGACUCUGAUGUUGGGGAUUAAAUCCCUCUCUCCUCCCUUCCCACAGCUCUCCCCCUUCCAUUUGUUGUUUCUCUGCUUCCCCCCCUCCUCCCACCCCCUCGAGACUUCACCUUUGAUAUCGGGUUCUCAUUAUUUUCAAUGGGAAUUUUACGUGGUUUCUACUUCAAGCCAAGUUUGUACAGAAAAAUCUUACCUAGCAUUAGGGAGGACAAACAAACAGACAAACAGAAGUGUAACGAGACAAUCACUAAGUGCAAUUUUCGUAGCAGUUGUGUCUGAACCAAGGUUCCAGUGAAGCUCCUGCUCGGCCAGGGACCCCCCUGCCCACCCCCUCUGGGGGUAGGGCUGCUUUUUUCGCUUCAUAAGCGUUGUAAACCCUGCAGGUGGAGCUCAGCUCUGGUGGGCUGAGCUGGCACCUCCCAGCAGAACCUGCUGGCUGAGGGCACGGGGCAGCCCUGCCUGGGCUCUCACCUGGGAGGGGGGUGAGGGGGGUGGUGAGGAAGGCUCCUGUGCUCCCCCCAGGAGUGGGAGUGAGCUCAUUUUGACAUUGCCCAGCCCUGGCUGGGCUCUGCUGGCUCCUUCAGGCUCCCCUGUGCCUCCCAAGGCUGCUGCUGCCCUGCUGAGCUGGGCUCAGCUGCUCUGAGCUUCACCCAGAGGGGCUGGGGACCCUCCCCUGCAGGAUCUGCUGGAGCUGCCUCCAUUUCCCUGGCUCUCCUCAGUGCAGCUGACUUUCCCAGAGGGGUGGAAGGACAAGCAGCUCCUGGUUUGUGUGUCCAGGUUUGCUUUUGGCUGCUGAGGGGCCCCUUGCAGCCCCCCAGUGCCUCCCCCAGCUGAGCUGAGCUGUUCUGAGCUGGGCAGGAGCAUUUUGCUCCUGUCUGUUAGGGAUGGAUGUCCGUGGAUCCGCGGGUUUCUCUCUCUCUCUGUGUAGCUGGGAAACAGCUGGAAAUGCAGGCACAGCUGGAUUGGUGCAGCUCUGGGGAGCAGGAGCCCCCCCGCCCCUGUGGAAAGUCUGGGAUUGGGGUUCAGCCCAGCUGGGAGUGCGGGGUUCCCUCCUCUGCUGCUUCCCCUCCUGCUCUUUGUGCUGCUCCCAUCAGGGCUGGCUGGGAUUCCUUCCCUUCCCCGUGCUGGGAGGGCAGCAAAAAACCAGAGCUGGAGCACCCAGAUGGGCAAACCAAGACCAAAGUUAGUCCAGGAUCCUUGUCCCAGCCCAGAGCUGGCGCUGCUGCCAAAGGGGGUCAGGAUUAAGGAAUUCUGGAGAGCCACAGGAGCCAAACCUGGCUCUUGGCUGCUCCAGGUGCUCCCUGGAGCCGUGGGAACCCUCCCCUGCUGCUGCUGCUGCUGUGCAGGAGGCAGAGGUGAGCUCAGGCUGCUCCUCCCCAGCCCCUCAGAAGAGCAGGGUUGGAUUUCUGGGAUGAUUUCCCCCUUUUUUCCCCUUGCUGAUCCAACAUCAGGCUCAGUCCCCCUCCUCCCUCUGCUCCCUGGGAGCAGCUCUGAUCCUCCUCCUGCACCUGUGACAUUUCACAGAUCUGCUUUGGCCAAAGGUGGGAGAAACCCAACCACACAACAAACCCUGUCCCUGCUGUGCUCGCCCCUCAGCCCAGGGACUUCUGGAAUAUUUCCUGGAAUAUCCUCAGCUGCUCACUUGGUUUCUCUGCCUGAUGUUAAGGAAUAAAUGCAAGACUUCCUUCCAGUAGCACUUCAGCUUUUCUGGAUGCACAGAGAAACUCUGCUGGCCUUUCACAUCACCACUGAAUUCCCCAGGAAAAGAUUCCCUAGAGGAGGAAUCUGCCUCUCCUGGUCGGGGGUGAGGGGGGUCUGUACAUUAAAUAUGGUCAGAGGUGUGCUUGGGGAAUGGUCAGGGAAGAAUCUAAUUUAAAACUGAGGAAUAGUGAUGGAAAAAAAAGCAAAAAAACAAAUUUCUUCCCACUGGUUGCACUCCAAUGCAUGCCUAUUCUCUACAGCUGCCUGCAGAUGAAAAUCCUGGUUUACUCUUUUAUUAAAGGAAAAAGACUGUCUUAAUUAUUUAUAGUUCCUAUAACUGACAGAUGUUGACUUAAUGGAUAAAUUAUAUUUGGUUAA